ACAACCUUGUAUUGCCCGUUAUAUACAGCAACGCAGUGGAAGCCUAGGGUUUGUGAUUGGAAGUCAAAAGUUUGCAUUUUUGUUAGCUCAAUUCGCUCGCAUUUUUCAUGAAACGAUUGUUCAUCCCCGAGGAAUUUUUGGCUUAAUCGAGGAUCGAUCAACGAUAUAAUCUUCAACUCGUUGCUUUGCAUGUGGACCACAUACUGGUGAUAUGCACACACUUGAAAUGGAACAAAAUGCUGCUUUUCUUGUUUGAAACUGUUUUGUUCGAAUGAGAGAGGCUGUUGCGGCUCCAGCUCCCACCACAUCUUUGGAAAAGGCGUUAUGGCUCAGCAAUCAUCUCGUCUUAAUCGUCUCCUUACUCUGUUGGACACUGGUUCAACCCAAGCAACAAGAUUUACAGCAGCCCGGCAGAUAGGGGAUAUUGCAAAAUCACAUCCGCAAGACCUGAGCUCUCUAUUAAGUAAAGUUUCUCAGUAUCUCCGCAGUAAAAACUGGGAUACAAGGGUUGCUGCGGCUCAUGCUAUUGGGGCUAUUGCAGGGAAUGUUAAGCAUACAACAUUGACUGAACUAUAUAGUUGUGUUGAGACAAAGAUGUCAGAGGCUGGAAUUUCUGGUAUUGUGGAAGAUGUGGUGGCAUGGCCUAACUUUGAUUCUAAAAUUGUAGUAAGCAGUUCGUUUAGAAGCUUUGAUAUUAACAAGGUUUUGGAAUUUGGUGCUUUAUUGGCUUCUGGGGGACAGGAGUACGAUAUUGCAAGUGAUAACAUGAAGAACCCAAGGGAGCGUUUGGCUCGUCAAAAGCAAAAUCUCCGACGCCGAUUGGGUUUGGAUAUGUGUGAGCAGUUCAUGGAUGUCAAUGACAUGAUUAGAGAUGAAGAUCUUAUUGAGCACAAAUUUAACUCCCAUGGGAAUGGGGUACCCCAUCAAUUUUAUACUCAACAUUCUGUACACAAUGUCCGGCAACUAGUUUCAAAUAUGGUACCCAGUUACAAAUCUAGAAGGCCUAGUGCUAGGGAACUGAAUCUUUUAAAACGAAAAGCAAAAAUAAGUUCGAAAGAUCAAACAAAAGGUUGGUCUAAGGAUGGAGAUGUGGAGGUAACAUAUUGUCAAGAUAUGAUGUCGCCAAAGGGCUUUUGUCCGGAUUCAUCAAUCUCUAAUAAGCCAUUUUCGGAUCCUAUUCCUGAUGAAGACAACUUUGAGCAUGAUGGAGAUGGAGGUUGGCCUUUCCAUAAUUUUGUCGAACAACUCAUUGUUGAUAUGUUUGAUCCUGUUUGGGAGGUUCGCCAUGGUAGUGUCAUGGCUCUAAGAGAAAUUUUAACCCAUCAGGGUGCUUGUGCUGGAGUUUAUAUGCUUGACCUGAGUUCUGAUGAUCCAUUUUCUGAAACAAAAGAUAAAGGUCUUGAAGUGACAGUGAAGAGAGAAAGAGAAAUUGAUUUGAAUAUGCAAGUGCCAGCAGAUGAGAUUGAGCCAAACCAGAAGAGGCUGAAGGUUGAAGAUUCAUCGUCUCCAUUAACGGUUACAAGUACAAUAAUCUCUGCCAGUGGGGAUGAUAAGUUUGAUGCCUGUGUAAAGGUUGAAGAUAGUGAAAGGAAUUUGUCUGCUGCACCAACUAAUGGUGAACUUAAUUUUAGUUCUGUUAAGAUAGAGCCUCAAUCAUGCAUUGAUGGUCAUGAAGAUCCGGAUAUGGCUGAUGCAAAGGGUUCCUGUGAAGAUAAUUGUUCAAUGGGGAAGAUGAAUACACUGAAAAGUCUUCCUGAAAAUUGUGUGCUGAUGAACUUGGUUAAAGUGACUAGGCAUUCUUGGCUUAAAAAUUGUGAAUUUCUUCAAGACUGCGCGAUUCGUUUCUUGUGUGUAUUGUCACUAGACCGUUUUGGAGACUAUGUCUCUGAUCAGGUUGUUGCUCCAAUACGAGAAACUUGUGCACAAGCAUUAGGUGCUGUCCUAAAGUACAUGCAUUCCUCAUUAGUUCAUGAGACAUUGAAUAUCUUGCUUCAAAUGCAGUGUAGACCAGAAUGGGAAGUUCGACAUGGGAGUCUUUUGGGUAUCAAAUAUUUGGUUGCUGUGCGACAGGAGAUGCUCGAUGAUUUGCUUGGCCAUGUUCUCCCUGCAUGCAAAGCAGGGCUGGAGGAUCCUGAUGAUGAUGAAGCGGUUGCUGCAGAUGCCCUAAUACCUACUGCUGCUGCUAUUGUUUCUCUGAAGGGUCAAACAUUGCAUUCUAUUGUUAUGCUACUCUGGGAUAUCUUGCUUGACCUGGAUGAUUUAAGUCCAUCAACUAGCAGUGUGAUGAAUUUGUUGGCAGAAAUCUAUUCUCAGGAAGAGAUGAUUCCUAAGAUGUCUGGAAUACUGCCAUCAAAAAUGAAACAGGAAUUUGAUCUAAAUGAACUUGUUGGUCUAGAUGAUCUUGGAGAAGGAACAAGUACUCAGGAAAAUCCCUAUAUGUUAUCAACAUUGGCACCACGGUUAUGGCCAUUUAUGAGGCAUAGUAUCACGUCAGUCCGUUAUUCAGCUAUUCGUACUUUGGAACGGCUUCUUGAAGCUGGAUACAAAAGGAACAUAGCUGAGUCCUCUUCGACUUCUUUUUGGCCUUCUUUUAUUUUGGGUGAUACACUUAGGAUUGUUUUUCAGAACUUGCUCCUAGAAUCAAAUGCUGAAAUAUUGCAAUGUUCAGAGAGGGUUUGGAGGCUCCUCCUUCAGUGCUCAGUGGAAGACUUGGAAGCUGCUGCCAAGUUGUAUAUUUCUUAUUGGUUAGAACUGGCAACUACUCCUUAUGGUUCACCCCUGGAUGCCACAAAAAUGUUUUGGCCUGUAGCUCUUCCUCGUAAAAGUCACUUUAAAGCAGCAGCUAAGAUGAGAGCCUUGAAGCUUGAGAGUGAUUCUUGUGUAAGUGUUGCUUCAGAUUAUGCGAAAGCUACCGUUUCACAGGAGAAAAACGGAGAUCCGUCCACCAAUCCGAUCAAGAUAAUUGUUGGUGCCGAUGUGGAAAUGUCCAUCUCUCAUACACGAGUAGUUACAGCAACAGCGUUGGGAACUUUCAUUUCUAAGUUGCUCGAGGGUUGUAUGCAAUAUGUAGUCGAUCCAUUGUGGAAGGCCCUUACCUCUUUAUCUGGAGUUCAGCGGCAGGUGGCUUCCAUGGUUCUUAUUUCUUGGUUCAAGGAGGUUAAAACCAAGCAACUUUCUGGAACCACAAGUUUUUUCCUCAGUUUUUCCAACAAUUUAAAGAACUGGUUGUUGGAUUUAUUAGGAUGCAGUGACCCUGCAUUCCCUACGAAAGAUUCCCUUCUUCCUUACACGGAACUUUCAAGGACAUAUGCUAAGAUGCGGAAUGAGGCUGGUCAAUUGUUUCGUGCUGUUGAAGCAUCUGGCAUGUUUAAUAGUUUGUUGUCAACUACCAAAAUUGACCUGGAAAGUGUGAGUGCAGAUGAUGCAAUGAGCUUUGCAUCAAGACUUCCACUGCUAAGUAAUGAUACUGCGAGUGAAGAAACUGUAGGAAGGAACAUUGUUGAUGAAUUAGAAUCAUUGAAACAAAGACUUUUGUCAACUGCAGGCUAUUUAAAAUGUGUCCAGGGUAAUUUGCAUGUUACGGUCUGUUCUUUAGUUGCUGCUGCUGUUAUUUGGAUGUCAGAGCUUCCUGCAAAGCUUAAUCCAAUUAUAUUACCUUUAAUGGCUUCUAUUAAAAGAGAGCAGGAGGAAAUUCUUCAAAAUAAGGCAGCUGAGGCACUUGCGGAGCUUAUUUCUCAUUGUAUUGCACGUAAGCCUAGUCCAAAUGACAAGCUAAUUAAGAAUCUGUGUAGUUUGACGUGCAUGGAUCCUUGUGAGACUCCACAAGCUGCAGUCUUGAGCUCCAUAGAAACUAUUGAGGAUCAAGAUCUCCUCUCCUUUGGGAGCAGUACCGGUAAGCAGAAGUCAAAGGUUCAUAUGCUAGCUUCUGGUGAGGACCGGUCAAGGGUUGAGGGCUUUAUUAGCAGACGAGGUUCUGAACUUGCACUGAAGCAUUUGUGCAAGAAGUUUGGUGCUUCAUUGUUUGAUAUGAUUCCUAAACUGUGGGAUUGUCUUACUGAAGUCCUCAAACCCGGUAGUCUUGAAGGGCUGACUUCAGAAGAUGAAAAGGAUAUUACUCAAGUCAUCGAAUCCAUUAAGGAUCCUCAGAUAUUGAUAAAUAAUAUCCAGGUUGUGCGUUCUGUUGCGCCUAUGCUGGAUGAGACAUUACGGCCAAAACUGCUCACACUUCUCCCAUGCAUUUUCAAAUGUAUUCGCCAUUCCCAUGUUGCUGUUAGGCUGGCUGCUUCAAGGUGUAUCGCAUCAAUGGCCAAGUCAAUGACAGUGAACGUGAUGGGUGCUGUAAUUGUAAAUGUCAUUCCUAUGUUAGGUGACAUGACGUCUGUAUAUGCCAGACAAGGAGCUGGCAUACUUGUUAGUCUUCUUGUUCAGGGCUUGGGCGUGGAGCUGGUCUCUUAUGCUCCGUUGUUAGUUGUACCACUGUUGAGGUGUAUGAGCGAUUGCGAUCAAUCUGUCAGACAGAGCGUAACACACAGUUUUGCUGCCCUCGUGCCUCUUCUUCCAUUAGCACGGGGAUUAUCUCCACCUAUAGACCUAAGUGACAGCUUAUCUAGCAGUAAAGAAGAUGCACAAUUUCUGGAGCAACUAGUUGACAACUCCCAUAUUGAUGAUUAUGAGCUCUCCACCGAAUUAAAAGUGAUUCUAAGGAGGUACCAACAGGAAGGUAUAAACUGGUUGGCUUUUUUGAAGCGUUUUAACCUCCAUGGAAUCUUAUGCGAUGAUAUGGGCCUUGGUAAAACACUUCAAGCAUCAGCAAUCUUGGCAUCUGACAUAGCAGAGCACCGUGCUGCAGAUGCUGGCAAGGAUCCUCCAUCAUCACUAAUUAUUUGCCCAUCAACGCUUGUUGGACACUGGGUCUAUGAGAUAGAGAAAUUCAUUGAUGCGUCUUUACUAACCACACUUCAAUAUGCUGGUUCAGCUCAAGAGCGAAUUUUACUUCGAAGUCAAUUUGAUAAGCAUAAUGUCAUUAUAACGUCAUAUGAUGUGGUCCGCAAAGACAUUGAUUAUCUUGGACAGCUUUUCUGGAACUAUUGUAUUUUAGAUGAGGGUCAUAUCAUCAAGAAUUCUAAGUCUAAAAUCACCUGUGCUGUGAAACAGUUGAAGGCCCAACACCGCCUCGUAUUGAGUGGAACACCAAUACAGAAUAAUGUCUUGGAUCUGUGGUCCCUAUUUGACUUUCUAAUGCCAGGAUUUCUUGGAACUGAGAGACAGUUCCAAGCCACUUAUGGAAAACCACUGCUGGCAGCUAGGGAUUCUAAAUGUUCAGCCAAGGAUGCCGAAGCAGGGGCACUUGCCAUGGAAGCAUUACACAAGCAGGUCAUGCCUUUUCUCCUCCGCCGAACAAAAGAUGAGGUCUUGUCUGAUCUGCCAGAGAAAAUUAUUCAGGAUAGAUAUUGUGACCUGAGUCCUGUCCAAUUAAAACUUUAUGAGCGGUUUUCUGGUUCACACAUGAGACAAGAAAUUUCAAGCAUGGUAAAGUCAAAUGAGCGAGAUACAGGAGAAAGUAGUGCUUCACCCAGAGCAUCUUCUCAUGUUUUCCAGGCGCUUCAAUACUUGCUGAAACUUUGUGGUCAUCCAUUGCUUGUCAUUGGGGAAAAGAUUCCCGAUUCAUUCUCAUGCGUUUUGUCAGAACUUUUCCCUGCCAAUUCUGACAUUAUUUCAGAACUCCAUAAACUCCACCACUCUCCAAAAUUAGUUGCUCUUCAGGAGAUUCUGGAAGAGUGUGGAAUAGGUGUUGAUGCCUCAUCUUCUGAAGGCUGUGUUAGUGUUGGCCAGCACAGAGUUUUGAUAUUUGCCCAACACAAAGCUUUUCUUGACAUAAUUGAAAGAGACCUGUUUCAUGGUCAUAUGAAGAGUGUCACAUAUUUGAGGCUUGAUGGAUCAGUUGAACCAGAAAAGCGUUUUGAUAUUGUAAAGGCUUUCAAUUCAGACCCUACUAUUGAUGUACUACUGCUCACUACACAUGUUGGUGGACUUGGUUUGAACCUAACGUCAGCUGACACCCUCGUUUUCAUGGAGCAUGACUGGAAUCCUAUGCGAGAUCAUCAGGCAAUGGAUAGAGCACACAGGCUAGGUCAGCGGAAAGUGGUGAAUGUACAUCGUCUCAUUAUGCGAGGAACCUUGGAGGAGAAAGUUAUGAGCCUCCAGAAAUUCAAAGUUUCUGUAGCUAAUUCUGUCAUCAAUGCAGAAAAUGCUAGUAUGAAAACAAUGAAUACAGAGCAGUUGCUUGAUCUGUUCACAUCAGCAGAAACUAAAAAGGCCACUGCUGCCUCGAAGGGUUCCGAUGGUAACUUCGAUGGAGAUACAAAAUCUGUUGGUACUGGGAAGGGAUUAAAAGCUAUCCUUGGUGGACUAGAGGAGCUUUGGGAUCAAUCACAGUACACUGAGGAAUACAAUCUGAGUCAUUUCUUAACCAAGUUAAAUGGGUGAACCCAAGCUGCACAUGUAGAAGAUGGCUUUUCAAUCAAUAACUGUAUGGCGAAGAAUACCAUACGAACCAGCUCUCCACAAAGCUUGAUGACUGAACCAUCAUUUCUGAUCAAGGAAAAAGAUGACUCAAACCGAGCUGCAGUGUGUACAAAAUGUAUAUUUUCCCAGCAAGAGCCCAAGAUUUUGAAUUUUUGACAAUUUAGUGUAGUUCUUUAUCCCUUUUCCUUUCUCCUUAAAUUUUGUUCCAUAUAUAUGCUUUAAUUAUAUUUUGUGGAGGCUAUACAAAAGGAUGGUUUGGACAGUUAAUACAGGAGUGAGCUGGCAUGGGACAAAACAUGGGUUGGAGGAAAAAAAAUUAGAAAUUGUAAAUUUCGGAUUAUGUAUAUACAUUCAGCUUCUAUUGAAUAAAGGUUAAAUCUUUGUUGCCCUAAA